AUGUCGCAGCAACCUCCAGGUCAGGAAGAUACAGAUUCUCUAGCGUGUAUGCGGAAUAAAGGGCUGAACCCAGACGAGGUCAAGUUAGGGUCUGCGUCCGACUAUCUCACCAAUAUUGAGGGAGACCAGAACGAACUUUCCCCCGAAUACCCACUCUAUUACUUUUUAUACGGAACAUUGACAGCACCGGCAACCCUUCAGCGAAUCACCGACCUACCCGAGGUGCCAAAAAUGCGGAAAGCAAAGCUUAUAGGAUAUGCGUUUGCGAGAUGGGGUGAUUAUCCUAUGUUGAUAGACGGAAAGUCAGGCCAGGAGAUUUUGGGGUACCGUGCAGACAAGCUUGCGUAUUAUGAGACGAAUGCUUAUAGGGAAGCACGCAGCUUGAUUUAUUUUGCUGAUAAUGAAGAGCCGGCCAAAGCGCCAGGAAAGACAUUCGUCUAUGCCGGGGAUGUAAAUGUCUUGUAA